UCCCCCAGAACGUGAAGCUCCUGGAUCAGUUUAUUUGCCCCCACUCGGGGGUUGUUUUCCAUCCCACCCACACCGGGGUCUGCAUGAGGCAGCACAAGCUCCUGUCCAAGGCCAUCGCCCAGGCCCAGGACCACGGGCUGCUGUGGCUGCAGGUCCCCUACGUCCCCGCCCCCCGUGAGGACUUUUCCAACCGGCACCCGGCGGUGGGAAAGACGCCCCCGGCGCCGGCGCUGAGGGGCCCCGGCGGGUUCUGGUACAGCUGGUACGAGCGGCGGCCGCCGCCCCCCGCCGAGAUCGCGCGGAUGCGCCGCCUCUACCGCGGCUUCCUCAAGGGAGAGGAGGCUCCGCCGGCCGUCCCGGGGACACCCCCGGAGGCCCCUCAGAGCCCCGCCGGGGAGAAACGGGCAGAAUAAAGCGGUUAAAAACCCCUCAAA